AUGACUGAAGAGCCACAGUUGGGCUCGAUCCAAGAUCGGAUCGCUGCUCUAAAGCAAUCUCAAGCCACCCACCCAUCGGGCCUUGAGCCACCUCUAUUCCGCCCGACUGCCGAUCGCGGCCAAUCUGCCAGCAGACCGCCACCAUCAUACAAUGAGAAUGAGUCCAUUUAUGACGGUGACUCGAUUGGAAACAGGCCCAUAGAUGCUCGAGAACAGCGACCGGUGGUGCUUCCACCUCCCACGCCAUCACCACGACCGGAGCUGAAGCCCAAGCCGAAAGCCCCUCCUCCACUGCCGAUGCGAAGGGACCGCCCGCCUCCUCCCCCUCCUCCCGUACGCUCUGAGCUACCCGAAAGACGUCCCGCGUUGCCACCCCGCAGACCGACAGAAGAGCAGUCACGGAGACCAUCACUCGAAUCAAUCACCUCAGAUGCCUCUCACUCGACGACUGCGACGACAGUGAACAGCUUGGGACGUGGCGCGUCGACAACGUCUGUCAAUUCCACUGCCACGACAGGUACCACUGGCAGCAGUCGCAUCAAGGCCCCUGCGUGGGGGGAGACAGAUCUACCUGUGCUACCACCCAGGCGUAUCAGAGAAGACCCGAUCGAAGUAGAGCGGCCUCCGCUCCCCGAAUCCAAGUCUGAAUCCAGAUUCAACGGGUUGACUUCCAAGUUGUCCUCCUUGCGGGGCAAGGCUUCCCCCGCACCACCAACAAGACCAUCGCGCCCUACUUUGCCGUCGCGCUCCUCAAUCCGAUCUGAGAGAUCACCCGCACCGCCGCCACUUCCUACGCGACGGCCCUCCGGACUGAAUGCACCCACAUAUGAGCAGGAUGAAGCGAAUGAAGCGCCAAUAGACGUCCCCCCAAGCCUGCCUGCACGGAGGUUGCCCCCACCUUCAAAUGCUGCGACCCUGAAUGAUGUUCGGCAAUCCGGAUUUGGUGGUAUGAGGCGUCCGAAUCUCCCUGUGAGGCCGAAUAGCACACCAGCAGACACACCUUCACCACACGGAGUGCCUCCCCCGAUUCCCCACGGAUCUCGUCCGGAUCUUUGCAAACUUCAAGCUACCAAACCACAAUUCCAUGGCUCCAUGCCAGCUGCAAAUGCCAUACCGACUCCUAGCUCGACGACGGAAUGCCUGGUAUGCCGGGACUUUUCUGGCCCAGACGCCCGUGGUGCCCAGUAUCCGCGUGCUUCCCUCCCAACACAUGAUUUAGGCUGGUUAGCGAAUGAGCUGACUGCACCAUUCCCGUCCUUGACCGAUAAGGCUAGGGCUAUCUUUUCAUGGAUGCAUCAUAAUAUUCAUUACGAUACCGUCGCGUUCUUCAAUAACAACGUGAAGCCUUCUACGCCCCAAAAUACCUUAGCCACGGGAUUGGCCGUCUGUGAAGGCUAUGCAGGCCUAUAUGCUGUGCUGGCCACAAAAGCCGGAUUGGAGGCUGUCGUGAUUGGAGGUGCCUCCAAGGGCUUCGGUUACAACCCUGUCGCACCAGGCUCACAACCUCCGCCAUUUAAGACCGACCACGCUUGGAAUGCUGUGAAGAUCGAUGGCGGACGCUGGAAACUGGUUGAUCCAUGCUGGGGCUCCGGCUGUGUCAACGGCCGCGACAUGCCCUACGAGCCAAAAUUCAACCCUUCCAUGUUCUCCAUGUCGAACGAGGAGUUUGGUCUGAAGCACUAUCCUGAGAAUAAAGAAUACCAACUCCGCGAGGAUGGACGCAUCGUCCCCUAUGAAGAAUACACAUUCAUCAACCCUGAUAUGCCAACCGGGCUGAAACCCAUCAAAACCUACAAUGAUGUCGAUAAAAACAGCAUUGGUCGUCGGACUUUGCAGCCUGAAGGCGGGGAGAUCUCUGUAUACAGCUCACAUAGCCCGCUACGUUUUCAGUUCGGAUUGCUCUGUGAGCACUGGACACUGGCGCGACACUCGCGUCUCAAGCCUGCUCUAUUCCUACUCAUGAUCAAGGGCGUCGACGGACGUAAAGAUGACCAGCUUGUCUUUCGACACAUGCCUGGCCGCGGUCCAGGUGGUGGUGGUGAGUUCUGGUACGUUGAUGUGCCUGAUUCUCGGAUGCUAGGUGCACCGGGCCAGAAAGUCUUACUUGCUGUGUUAACCAAGUUUGGUGAGCGCACGGAUUGCCGUGGCAUCACAGCAGAGGAGUAUGAAGCUCAACGCGGCCGAGUGGGGAUGGCGUGGGCAUUUAUUGCAGAGUGGGAGUUGGUGAAAUAA